AUGGCCUCCCAACUAACUCUCCCUUCCUUUGACGGCUUCCUGGCGGCCGCCCAACGACUGCUCCAACGACUGCCCGUUCAACAUGGCGACAUCAUCAACUGCCUCCAAAAUCUCACCCCGGUCCAAGCAGCGGUCGGCGGUCUCCUCGUGUGGGUCGGGAUUGUGAGGGUCUUCCGGUGGAGGCGCUACAAUGCGAUCCACCGUGAAUAUGGGUCGAAGUGGAACAAGGGAAAGGGGAGAAUCACGCCAGAGGAGGCUCAGAAGAUCAUGCACGCCUCUGCUUUGUACGACAUGCCCUUGCUCCUGAACUAUGCGCUGGCCUUUGCGCUCUUCAAAACCUAUGGGAUUCCCACCAUCUCGAAGCUUCUCAAAGCCACCAAGCAGCUCUCGUCGCAGGAGACAAUUUCGAGGCGGUAUGCCGACACCGAAAUCCUAAUAUCUACCUGGUUCGGCUGUCCUAUUUCUGGCUUCCUGGACCCACAAGUCGCCGAGAAGAACAACGGUCGCCCCGAUGCGAAAGCGGCAGACGACCCUCGCGCUAUGAUCGCCCUCGCACGAGUGAACUAUCUGCAUUCGCAGUACAAGAUUUCGAACGAUGAUUAUCUCUAUACCCUGGCUCUGUUUAUCCUGCAGCCGGCGAUUUGGGCCAAACAGUAUGGGUGGCGUCCGCUAUCGCCCAUGGAAGAAGACGCAUUCUUCAUCUAUUGGAAAGAGAUCGGAAAACGGAUGGGCAUCCAUGAUAUCCCCGAGAGUGUCCAGGCGCUAGCUGCAUGGAGCGAUCAAUAUGAGAAGCAAUACAUGGUCCGGGACAAGGUCAACCGAGAAGUUGCGGAGUACACCCUCGAAGAACUGCUCGUCGCUGCACCCGAGGCUCUGGGGAUAAAAUCCUUCGGUAGACGGGUCGCUGUAUGUCUGAUGGACGACAUCACGAGAGAGGCGAUGUUGUACGAGAAGCAACCCUGGUACAUCUACUGGCUCGUCAACAUCACUAUGGGCUCAAUGGCCUUUGUGCAAUGCUGGCUGAUGUUACCCGCCUUCUCUGCGCACGCGUCCGUCAAACUCGACCCCAGACCUAAGAAUGUCAAGGCGGGUGAAUGCCCGCGCCUCUACCCGAGCAAGUGGACUGCACGACCAUGGUACCGCCCAGAGAGUUCAGGACUGGGGUACCUCAAAGACAGACUUCUGGUUUCGCUUGGUUGGUACACCGAGAUGCCAGGACCGCACUUGAAGAGCGCAGGAUACCGUCUCGAAGAAAUGGGUCCCUUCAAAUUCGAAGAGCGUGCACAUGAAGAGAUCAUGAAGAAGGCUGCUGAGCUGCAAGGCUGUCCCAUUGCAGGGCCGUGGUCGCUCGAGGGAAGGAAAGGAUGUUGA